CCCAGACAGAGAGAAACCGUGACCCCGCCUGGGAACCCGGCGAGAAGUCCUCAACGGAGGGAGUCCGAGCGCCGAGAGGAAAUGGCAGGCAGGCCCAGCCUGGGCCGCGUCCUCCCAGGAUCAUCUGUGCUGUUCUUGUGUGACAUGCAGGAGAAGUUCCGCCACCACAUUGCCUACUUCCCGCAGAUUGUCUCUGUGGCAGCUCGCAUGCUCAGGGUGGCCCGGCUGCUGGAGGUGCCAGCUGUGCUGACAGAACAGUACCCAGAAGGCCUGGGCUCCACGGUGCCAGAGUUGGGGGCUGAGGGUCUGCGGCCUCUGCCCAAAACCUGCUUCAGCAUGGUGCCUGCCCUGCAUCAGGAGCUGGACAGUUGGCCACAGCUGCGCUCUGUGCUGCUCUGCGGCAUCGAGACACAGGCCUGCAUCUUGAACACAGCCCUGGACCUCCUGGACCGGGGACUGCAGGUCCACGUGGUGGUGGAUGCCUGUUCCUCACGCAGCCAGGUAGACCGGCUAGUGGCACUGGCCCGCAUGCGGCAGAGUGGAGCUUUCCUUUCCACCAGUGAAGGGCUCAUCCUGCAGCUUGUGGGAGAUGCUGCCCACCCCCAGUUCAAGGAGAUCCAGAAGAUCAUCAAGGAUCCCGCCCCUGACAGCGGGCUGCUGGGCCUCUUCCAAGGCCAGAACCCCCUCUUCCGCUAAACUCCAGCCUUCUUGAGGGAAGAUCACCCUCCUAUUACCUGGACCUCAGUGGAAACCAUGCCUCCAGCCCCCGUCCCUAGAUCCCAAGAGUGGUGCAGUCCACAGGGAGUGCCGCCCUCUUGGGAAUGGGAGGCACGAUGCUAUCUUCCCAUUGGGCAGCUACUCCCGGAAAUGCAAAUGAGACUCCUGGUGGCUGGGCGGGAGUUGGUUGAGCCGAGAUUAAGGCGUGGCUCAGCCCCCGGCUACUUCACGAGAAGGGAAGGGGAGGGGGAAGGAAUGUCACAGACUGUGGGACCGGGACUUGCAGAAUAAACAUUGAAGAGACUGUG